AACUCUGACAUUGACGAAGUUGUACGGAAUUGUGCGGUAUGUAAAACCUAUGCGUACAAACACCGGACGAGCCCCUCUUGCUGCGAACCCCUCCUGAUCACCCUUGGUACCGAGUGGGCGUAGAUCUCUUUUGUUAUGCUGGAGCCACGUACCUUGCUGUUUUUGAUGCCUACUCGAAUUUUCCAGAAGUGGAAAAACUCGAGGAAACAUCGGCAACUGCGGUUAUCGACAAGUUGGCAGCCAUCUUUGCCAGGUACGGAAUCCCGAUGGAAGUCUGCACGGACAACGGCCCCCAGUUUUCAAGUCACCAAUUUGCCACGUCUCCAGACGGAUGGCCGGUCGCCGGCGGAACUGUUGCAGGGCAGGCCUCUACGCACUAGACUCCCCGACUUCAGCCUGCAGCCCAAGCUUCCCGUAAAAAAGCGCCAGCAGAGGUCGUCCGGACGACCGCUGAGGCCACUCCUACCGGGAGACGUAGUUCGCGUGCAAGGCCAGGCUUGGUCUCAAAAGGCUAAGGUAUUGGGGAAAGUAGCCCCGAGGUCCUACAACGUCGCAACAGGAGAGGGGAAAACGCUGCGGCGUAACCGCCAACAGUUGCUGGCGACCUCGGAGCCAUUUGCGUAUUACAGUGACAGUGACACUGACAUCGGAGAUGAUGACGCAGAUGAGCCUCCACAUCAGAUCCCGCCUCGCGCGACUUCGCCGGCACCUAGAAGAUCCUCGCGCAUUAGGGCUGAACCAAGACGUUUAGCAUACGGACCCAACUUCGAACAAAUAGUUUAGUGGCCUGUUCCUGUGGACUACUGUUGAAUUUGUUUUU